GACUUUGACGCCGAUGAAAAACGAGUGUUUAUGUGCGUGAAAAAAGCGUGCUUGAGGCGACGAUACAACAAAUUUGUGAUAAUUUCUGCAAAUAUACGCUACAAUUACUCUAAACAUAAAGUUAAGCGUAGAAGUUUAUCGAUUAACUUCACACUAAAAGCAUUAUAAUGUGUGUGGGUCUGUCCGGAGCAUACUGAAUCGCUGGAAACAUUCGUAUGCUUCCCCCAACCACAAGCGCUUGGUGCGGUGAUUAGUGCGAAAAGUUGGAGUUUGUUUUGUUGCUGAGUGGCGACAUCCAAUUGCAUCAUUAUGGCAGCAAAUUAUCCAGCCAACACGGCCUCCCAGGCCGGGGCGGCACAGUUUUUAGAAUCCACGCAGAUUGGUCAAUUCCGCAGCUUUGUAACGAUGCUAGGCGAUGCCGGUUCGAAGGAUGAGUUAAAGCUGAAGGCGGCCCAGGAGCUGAGUGAGAGUUUCGAGAUCAUCACACAGUCCAGUGGCUAUCAGAACUUCCUCGAGCAUGCAAUGCGCGUUUUCCUUAAGGUGCUUCAGGAUGGCGAACCGAUGUUCAUUUCCGAGUUAAAUAUGCAGCAAGUGCGUAAGCUGAUUUUGGAAAUGAUCCACCGGUUGCCGCAAAGUGAGCUAGUGCGUCCAUUCGUGAAGCCUAUUAUCAUUCUCAUGAUCAAGCUAAUGUACACGGAGAACGAAGAGAACGUGCUUGUUUGCUUGCGCAUCAUCGUUGACACACAUAAACAAUACAGACCACCGUUUCAUACAGAAAUUCAUGACUUCGUAGCAUACCUAAAGAAAAUAUUCACCGAUCUGCCGAAACACAUGAACCUUAUGUUCGAACCGCGGCAGCCGAUCAAGGUGAAAGACCUAAAGGAGCUAAACUUUGAGACGCUUCUACCAGACAUUUUCACUAUGACGCCUAUCCAGCUGGAGAAAAAAACGGCCGACGGUAAAACAACCACCGCUUCGUAUAAUCUCAUACCGAAGGGUAUUAACUCACUGAAAGUGCUGCAAGAGCUACCGAUCAUAGUGGUGCUGUUGUAUCAAAUUUACAAACAAAACCUUCACCAGGAAGUGGCUGAUUUUAUACCACUGGUCAUGAGCACCAUUAGCCUACAGCCAUCGUUGGCCCACAAAAACUCGCCCGGAUUCAACAAAGAAACGUAUGUGGAUUUUAUGGGAGCACAGAUUAAAACGCUCACCUUUUCCGCCUACAUUCUGCGAUUGUUCCCGGACGCGGUGCAUACACAUGCCUCAACGAUGGUGAAGGGAAUGAUAAAUCUACUAGAAAGCUGCCCGAAGGAGGUGGCUAGUUCGCGCAAGGAACUGCUAGUUGCCUCGCGUCAUAUCCUGCAGACGGAAUUCCGAAAUCAUUUUGUUCCGAUGAUCGAGAAGCUGUUCGACGAUGAUGUGCUCCUCGGAAAGGGUUGGACAACGCAUGAAAAUUUACGGCCGCUUGCUUACUCCACGCUAGCAGAUCUGGUGCACCAUAUUCGACAGCAGCUAAGCUUGCAGGCCCUGUCCAAAGCAGUUCAUCUGUUUGCCAAGAAUAUACACGACGAAUCGUUACCCACGAGCAUACAAACGAUGUCCUGCAAGCUGUUGCUGAAUUUGGUCGAUUGUAUUCGGUUAAAGAGCGAAGUCGAGCCAGUAGUGGCCCGUGAUUUGCUUAUCACAAUGCUGCGCAUUUUUACGAUAAAAUUUCAAACCAUUUCCAAAGUGCAAUUGCCACAGCUGAUGCAGAAGUGGAAACAGAAACCAUCAGAAAUGGCAGGCACACUACCCGGUCAGACCGAGAGCACAGCUAGAGAUUUGCUCGGUGGGUGCGCCGAUGGUACGGAUGCCUCAGGACAGAAAGCAACCAGUAUAGGGUUGCCCGUUCCAACCACGCUAAAUGUGUCGGAGUAUCGCAGCUUAAUCAAAACACUUGUGUGCGGUGUGAAAGCGGUUACAUGGAACUGUCCAUCGCCAAAAUCGGUCAAUGCUAACGAGUAUCAGAGUUCGACCAAAAUAUUCAAUCCAAGCGAAAUACUCAUCUUUAUCGAUCUGUUCCACUGGGCACUGGAAGCGUUGGACAUCUAUACGAUAAACAUUCCGGCUGCCGGAAUGGGCGUCACACAGUCCAUCCCGGUGCAGAAGCAAACCUUACAAAUGCCCCGCACCAAGGAGGAGAAGGAAGUGUUGGAACAUUUUAGUGGAGUGUUCCUCACAAUGGAUCCGCAGAACUUUCAAGAAAUUUUCACCGCCACCAUCGAUUUUAUGGUAGAUCGAUUGUACAAAAACACCACACUACAGGUUAUAGCAAACUCCUUCCUAGCCAACCCGAAAACGUCGCCCCUGUUCGCGACGGUACUGGUGGAGUAUCUGCUUGAGCGUAUGGACGAGAUGGGAUCGAACAUCGAGCGUUCGAAUCUUUACCUACGGUUGUUUAAGCUGGUGUUUGGAAGUGUUAGUCUGUUUGCAGCGGAAAACGAACACAUGCUUCGUCCGCAUCUGCACAACAUCGUGAACCGCUCGAUGGAACUGGCAAUGACUGCGAAGGAACCGUACAACUAUUUCCUCUUACUGCGCGCACUUUUCCGUUCGAUCGGUGGAGGAUCGCACGAUCUGCUGUACCAGGAGUUUUUACCGCUGCUGCCGAAUCUGCUCGAAGGGUUGAACCGACUUCAAAGCGGUUUCCACAAGCAGCACAUGAAAGAUCUCUUCGUGGAAUUAUGUCUCACGGUACCGGUGCGUUUAUCGUCCCUGCUACCAUAUCUACCAAUGCUGAUGGAUCCACUCGUUUCGGCAUUGAAUGGAUCGCACACCCUCAUCAGCCAGGGCUUGCGAACCUUAGAGCUGUGCGUCGACAAUUUACAGCCCGACUUCCUGUACGAUCACAUCCAACCGGUACGGGCAGAUUUAAUGCAGGCGCUUUGGCGCACACUGCGCAACCAGGACAGUGCGGCGAUUGUUGCGUUCCGUGUGCUGGGUAAAUUCGGUGGAGGCAAUCGCAAGAUGAUGAUCGAACCACAAAAGCUCAAGUAUCAAGAAAAUGAUCAGGCCCUUCCGGCGGUGGUUGCCUACUUCCAAGAUCAUCGCAAUCCAAUCAACUUUGCCGUCGAUAAAGUGAUCGAGACCGCAUUUAACGCGCUAAAGUGCAGCACAACGGAUCCAUUCUACUGGCGCCAGAGUUGGGAGGUGAUCCGAUGCUAUUUGGCAGCUUCAAUCACGCUCGAUGAUGAUAAGCACACGCUGCAGAAGCUGUUCAUGCAUCCUAGCUUCACAGAAAACAACAUUCAGUGCUCAUUGAACGUGGGCAACUAUAUUGCACCGGAUAAGCGGGCGCGUUUAACUCAUCAGACGGCACUGACGGGAAUGUUUGUGGCGGCGGCUACCAAAGAGCUGCGCGGUUCCGUUCUGCCCACGAUGGUUGCCGUCGUGCGUCACUACACGAUGGUGGCGAUCGCACAGCAGGCCGGUCCAUUUCCGCUGCUCAAACACUUCCAGUGGUAUAACGUUAGUAUGGAUCCGCUCGUACUGAUCGAUGCACUGGCAGACAUAAUGGGUCACGAGGAGAAGGAACUAUGCAAACCGGGCAAUUUGGCGAUGGUGCUUAUCCUUGAAACGGCAACCAAUAUCAUGGGCUCGAAGGAGCGUGCCUGCCGAUUGCCGCUGAUGAACUAUCUCGGUGAGAAGAUGGCGGCCCUCUGCUACGAGCGUCCCUGGUACUCCAAAAUGGGUGGUUGUAUUGCGCUCAAGUUCCUCUACCAGAACAUGGCGAUGCGAUGGCUUUAUCAGCAUACGUUCGUGUUCCUGAAGGCGUUCAUGUUUAUCAUCAUGGAUCUUACCGGCGAAGUUUCAAGCGGUGCAAUCGACAUGGCGCGUACGUUCCUGGAGAAGAUGUUGCGCAUCUGUAUGACACCGCUGGAGAAGGACUGCAAGAACGAGGAAUUGCUGGCAACGCAGAAGAAAGCAAUGCACGAUGUCAUCCAUGAGCUAGUGCGGCAAGUAACCAGCCCACACACACUCGUCCGUGAAACGGCCAUGUCGUCCUUGCGAUUGAUUGCAGAGCUGCAGGAAAAAACGGUAACGGAGGUGAUGGAUCCUCACAGGGAGGUGUUGGUAGACAUGAUACCGCCCAAGAAACACCUGCUGCGUCAUCAACCGGCAAGCGCACAGAUUGGUUUGAUGGAUGGUAACACAUUCUGUACGACACUUGAACCACGACUAUUCACUAUCGAUCUCAACGUUUUGACGCACAAAGUGUUCUACCACGAAGUAUUGACGCUCUCGGACGCAGAGGAUGCAACGCUGAACAAGUUGGAGUGUUACAAGACGGUCACAAACCUCGUACCGUUGCGCAAAAGCGCCCUAAAUGCGUUAGCCGCUUGCCACUACAUACCGAACGGUUGCAGGGAGAAAAUAUUUGCUAUCCUGUUCAAGGGGUUGGAAAAAAAUAAUGCCGAGCUACAGGAGGCCGCUUUUCAUUGUAUGAAAAAUUUCUUACAGGGUUGUAAUGUCAGCAAGGAAACGAUCCAUACGGUUAUACGACCGCUGCUGCUAAUGCUUGGUGAUUAUCGAAAUCUCACGCUAAGUGGAACACGGCGAUUGUCCUACCUGACGCAGCUAUUCCCGGCCAUGUUUAACGAGAAGCUGUGCGAUUCACUGCUACAGAUAUUGCGCAAGAUGCUGGAGGUGACGAUUACCACCAACCAGGGCAACUUUUUGUCGACCUCAAAGACCAGCGAGAUGGAAAAGAAGAUCGUUACCAUACUCGGUAUCUUCCAGCAAAUUCCGGCCGCAUCGCCCAAAUUCAUUGAAAGCCUGUGCAAACUAAUACUGCAAGCGGAGAAGAGUUUGAUGGUUGAACCAUCGUCACCAUAUCGUCCAGCGCUGGUCAAAUUCCUAUUGCGCUAUCCGAAGGAAACGAUUGAAUUGCUGCUGACUGAUGCCGUCAUGAAAGAUGCACAGUGGAAUCGAUUCACAAUCUUCCUGUUACGCCACAAGGAUGGUGCACCGUUCCGCAAUGCGGCCCAGUUGAAGGGAGCCCGCCUGACGCAGCUUAUUGUACUUAACUCGGAAUCAUCCACAGCGUCGAAACCAUUUGAGGAGCGGUACGAAACGCAACAUCAAGCAGUGCUAAUUAUUCAUACGCUGGUAGAAUUCGAUGGUCCGUGGAUUACGAGUCAGGUGGAAAUUAUUACCGUGCUCAAAAGCAUAUGGAAGAACGAUCUCUAUAAGACCUGCCAAGUGUCGGUAGUUUGCGAUCUAUGGCAUCUGAUCGCCAAAAUCCUGAUUGAAUACUUUUCGUACAACACGAACGAAAUUCUGCUACUAUUUCAACUGUUGCGUGCGCUCUGUUUACGCUUUGUGCCCGAUUUUCAGUUUAUGCGCGAUUUCCUACAAAAUACCGUCUGCCAAAGCUAUACCGUAGAGUGGAAACGAAAGGCAUUUUUCCAGUUCGUGGAAAUAUUUAACACGCAGGAAUUGGCACAAGAUCUGAAGGCGAAGAUACUGAUGAUGAUCAUCAUACCAAGCUUUGCGCUAAGCUUUGAGAAGGGCGAAGGAAACAAGCUGGUCGGUGCACCGCCCGCCCCAUACCAGGAAGAUGACAGCAACGUAGUGUCGGUGUUCAUAAACAAGGUGAUCGAUCCGGACAAACCGUUCGCCAAUGAGGAUUGUGUGCGGAUUGCUUUGCUACAGUUUGCCAGUUUGCUGGUGGAGAAAGCAUCGCCCCAUAUACAUGAUGGAGAUGCGAAUAAUAAGCGCGAAGGGAAUAAGCUGCGGCGUUUGAUGACCUUCGCAUGGCCCUGUCUCUUGCCGAGGAAUUGUGUCGAUCCGUCUGCUCGGUAUCAUGGACAUCUGCUGCUCAGUCACAUUAUUGCGCGGCUUGCGAUUCAUAAGCGUAUCGUACUUCAAGUAUUCCAUUCACUGCUCAAAGCUCAUGCGGUCGAGGCGAGACGUGUCGUACAGCAGGCACUCGAGGUACUGACACCGGCAAUGCCUUUGCGCAUGGAAGAUGGUAACACGAUGCUAACCCACUGGACAAAGAAGAUAAUCGUUGAGGAAGGACACUCGAUGCAGCAGCUUUUCCACAUCCUGCAGCUGAUUGUGCGUCACUAUAAGGUGUACUAUCCGGUAAGGCAUCAGCUCGUACAGCAGAUGAUUAACUCGAUGCAGCGGCUCGGCACGGUAACCAACACAUCCACCGAGUAUCGCAAACUGUCGAUCGAACUGGCGGAGGUUGUGAUCAAGUGGGAAAUGCAGCGGGUAAAGGACGAAACGGAAGAGGCAGCUGCGGCAGCAGCAGCGGCUGGCGGUAGUGAAGCAACCAACGCAACCGGUGGCGAUGAAACGACCGAAUUGGGUGCCGCUAGCGGAUCGGACGGAACGGCACAGGGCGAUGGUACGAACAAGCAGCAAACAAGCGGUGCUGUUAAACGCUCGGCCAUCGGUAUCGAUGACGAUGGAACGGGUAGUGUGAAGAAAAAGCAAGCCGUAGGAGACACGGAUCCACAACCGUCCCCGAGCACAUCGUCCGCUGCUGUGGCGGCUGGAAAAACGGACGGUGUAAACCGUUCGAUCGAUCGGGCCCAACUCGAUACGGUUUUGAAUUUCCUGUUCCGUAUGGCGUGCCAGAUUAAUGAGGUAGCACCCGGGGCGCCCGGUAUCGUUACUCCCGGCGACAAUCUCGCCCGGCGUUGUGUAAAUCUGCUAAAGCUCGCCCUCAAACCAGACACACCUGUCGAUCUGAAGCUUGUAUGGUUGGAUAAGGUACUGCAAAACGUGGACAUACAACCAACAAGCAUCGGCAACAUCUGUACGGCGCUGGAGUUACUUACGUUCCUGCUGGGCGUUCUAAAGAAGGAUCAAAUCUUGAACACGUUGCGACCAUUACAGCGUGGCUUGUCCGCCUGUGUCACAUGCUCGAAUACGCGCGUUAUAAAACUAAUGCACGGGCUGCUCUCCCGGUUGAUGGCAAUCUUCCCAACGGACGCUCAGCACAAGUGUGACGAGCUCGAAAUACUCUACACCACCAUCUCGCGCAUGAUCUACGAUGGGUUAGCGACGUACGAGAAAACAUCGCAAGCAAAUCCAUCGUCACUGUUCGGGAUGCUCAUGACGCUGAAGGCAGCCUGUUCCAACAAUCCUGGGUACAUCGAUCGGCUUAUCACGCCUUUUAUGCGUCUGCUGAACCGCUUGACCAAGGAGCAUCUGACCGGAUUUGGUGGAGCUAUUGGUGGCCUCGGAGGUGGAGCUUCCGGACCGGGUGGAAUGGCUGGUGGUGGUGGCGGUGGAGCGGGCGGUGUUGGUGCCGGUGGCCCCGGUGCUGGAGGUCUUGGUGCGGGUGUUUCGAUGAGUGACGUAGCGAACACGAGCUCCAUCGCACUGGAGCUGUUGGUGGUGUCACUUGAUCUGGUAAAGAACCGCGUUGUCGUGAUGAGUGUCGAAAUGCGCAAAAUGUUUAUCGGCGCAAUAUUGGUUGGUUUGAUCGAAAAGAGCAACGAUUCGAAAGUGAUCAAAGCAAUCGUAAAGAUCAUCGAGGAGUGGAUGAAGAACAACAAAAACACACCGGUAACGGUACAGCAAGCACCUACCUUGCGCGAGAAAGCAAUUCUGCUCGUGAAGCUAAUGCAGUACGUUGAAAAGCGGUUCGCGGACGAUUUGGAACUAAACGGACAGUUCCUUGAGUUGGUAAAUUACAUCUACCGCGAUGAGGUGCUGAAAGCGACCGAACUCACCUCCAAGUUGGAGGCAGCGUUCGUGGCCGGUUUGCGCUGUCCGGUUCCACGCAUCCGGGCAAAGUUCUUCGAGGUGUUUGAUGGUUCGAUGCGCCGCCGGCUACACGAUCGCCUUCUGUACAUAAUCUGUUCACACUCUUGGGAUUCGAUCGGCCAACACUACUGGAUCAAACAGUGUAUCGAGCUGCUAAUACUGACCGCGAACACGACCACACAGAUACAGAACAGUGUGGAGAAUCAUCUUCUUCCCAGCAUUUCGUCGGUAAUUAACUUUGCCGAUCCGGAAGAACGCAAAAACUUUGUCAUCUACACGACGAUCAACAACGAUACAACCGAUUCGUUUGAUCCGAUCGAAGACAAGGAGGACGCAUUCGAUAUGGACAUGAGCGUCGAUUCGAACAUUUCCCGGCACGAGGAAAGUGAACGACCGGUAGCGAAUCGGCACGCAGCCCUUGCCAAACUGAUCAGCCGCCAGGCGGAGUUUAUGGAAGCGAAUCGAAAGGUACGCACCGAACAGCUGCUGGUCGCUACGGCACAGCUCUGCCACAUGGAUACACAGCUGGCGGAAAAGGUGUGGCUAGACAUGUUUCCCAAGCUGUGGGAAAUAUUGGACCCGAUACAGCAGCAGUCGCUUGAUCGUGAAAUCAUUCCAUUCCUGGCAUCCGGUGCCCACAUCAUUCAGCGCGAUUGCAAUCCGAGUGCGCUGCACACGUUCGUGGAAGCGUUGGCCCAGUGUCAACCGCCGGUCUAUAUGCCACCAAACCUGAUGGGCUAUCUCGGUCGGGCGCACAACCUGUGGCAUCGGAUGACGCUGAUGCUGGAAUCGUUGGCCGAUGAUUGGGCGAAUGUGAAGGAUUUGCUGCCCGACUGUGUCGAUCAGGACGAUCAGGGAAUGCGCGAUUGUUCGAUCGUGCGCGAACCACUGUCGCAGAUGUACUCGGCACUGCACGAAGAAGAUCUGUGGGCUGGGUUGUGGCAGAAGUACGCAAAGUACGCCGAAACGAGCCGCGCUAUUGCGCACGAACAGAUGGGCUACUUUGAGGAAGCGCAAAGCAUCUACGAUGCGGCGAUGAUGCGUUUCAAGCAGGAUCUAAGCAAUGGGCAAACACCGACGGACAUGAACAGUGAGAUGCAGCUGUGGGAAAACCACUGGAUACGGUGCGCCAAGGAGCUGAACCAGUGGGACAUACUGAUGGACUUUGGGCAGUUGUGCCGGGAUAAGAAUACGUAUCUGAUCAUGGACAGUGCGUGGCGCGUACCGGACUGGAAUCUGAUGAAGCAAGCGCUGCUGAAGGUGGAACAAUCCUGCCCGAAGCAGGUUGGCUACAAGAUAAACCUGUACCGCGGGUAUCUGGCGAUUCUGAAUCAGGAAGAUCCACAGCACGCCAGCGGUAGUGUAUCGGUGGAGCGUUACGUUGAAAUGGCUUCCGCUUACUGUAUGCGCGAGUGGCGCCGACUGCCACCGAUCGUGUCCCACAUCCAUCUGCCGAUUCUGCAAGCGUCGCAACAGAUCAUGGAGCUGCAGGAGGCAAGCCAAAUUCACCAAGGCUUGCUGCAGAAUCGCAACACCUCGCUGCACGAUAUGAAAGCGAUCGUGAAGACGUGGCGCAACCGGUUACCGGUAAUUGCGGACGAUUUGUCGCACUGGAGUGACAUUUUCACCUGGCGGCAGCAUCACUACCAGAUCAUCACGUCACACCUCGAGCAUAACAACGAACCGAACGCACAGUGUAUGCUGGGUGCGCAUGCGUCCGCGCAAACGAUCAUCCACUUCGGUAAGAUAGCGCGCAAACAAAAUCUCACCAGCGUGUGUCAGGAUUCGCUGUCCCGCAUCUACACCAUCCCGUCGGUGCCGGUGGUGGAUUGUUUCCAGUCUGCUUAUAUAUUCCAGAAAAUAAGACAACAGGUUAAGUGCUGCCUGCAGAUGGCAUCCGUCACCAGCCGGGCCGAGCUUUCCGAAGCGUUGGAAGUGAUCGAACCGACCAAUCUCGAAUACUUCACCAAGGAGAUGACGGCCGAGUUUUACGCGCUUAAGGGGCUGCUGUUGGCACAAACCGGUCGCUCCGAGGAGGCAAACAAAGCGUUCAGUGCGGCAACGCAGCUGCACGACACACUCAUCAAGGCGUGGGCAUUCUGGGGCGAUUAUUUGGAGCAUAUUUUUACGCGCGACUAUCGCCAGAUUCAUCUGGGUGUUUCGGCUGUUACGUGCUUCCUGCACGCCUGCCGUAGCCAGAUCGAAAGCAAAUCACGCAAGUACCUUGCCAAGGUGCUCUGGUUACUGUCGUACGAUGAUGACAAGUCGUCGCUGCUGGAUGCGCUGGACAAGUAUGCGGUUGGCGUACCGCCCGGACAGUGGGUACCCUGGAUUCCGCAGCUACUCUGCAGUUUGGUGCAGUAUGAGGGUAACGUUAUCAUGAACCUGCUCAGCCAAGUGGGUCGUAUGUUCCCGCAGGCGGUUUACUUCCCGAUCCGUACCCUCUACCUUACGCUAAAGAUCGAACAGCGUGAACGAUACAAAAGCCACGAACAGCAGCAAGCUUCGAUCGUGCAGAAAGCUUCCAAGGAAGGUUCUGCGACGGCCGGCACUACAAACGCGACUCCCGGAUCCACGACGGCUUCGUCGGAUGUUAGCUCUACAUCGACCACCGGUGCUACGGCCGGAACGGCAACGGGUGCUACUACGGGAGCGGCUACCGCUCCUCCCGGUGCGCAGGGUGUCCCGGCAGGUGCCGCCACUACGACCCCUAUUCGAGCUACACCACCGAUGUGGCGCUGCUCGAAGAUAAUGCAUAUGCAGCGCGACAUACACCCAACCGUGCUGAGCUCGCUCGAAGGUAUCAUCGAUCAGAUGGUGUGGUUCCGGGAGAACUGGUACGAGGAGGUACUGCGCCAGCUGCGCCAAGGUCUAACGAAGUGUUACGCGAUCGCGUUCGACAAUCGUGGAGCAGUGAACGAAGCUACCAUCACGCAACACACGCUAAACUUCAUCAAGAAGCUCGUUUCUACGUUUGGCAUUGGAAUUGAAAACAUCUCCAGCUCCGUAUCGGCCACAUUCGUAUCGGCAGCGUCCGAAUCAUUGGCACGCCGUGCCCAGGCAACCGUACAGGACCCCGUGUUUCAGAAGAUGAAGGGACAGUUUUCGAGCGACUUCGAUUUCUCGCAACCCGGUGCCAUCAAGCUGCAUAAUUUAAUAAUGAAGCUGAAAAUGUGGAUUAAAAUUCUCGAAGCCAAAACGAAACAGCUGCCGAAAUCGUUCCUCAUCGAGGAAAAGUGUCGCUUUUUGUCUAACUUUAGUCAAAAAACGGCUGAAGUGGAGCUGCCCGGUGAGCUGUUGCUACCGAAGAACUCGCACUAUCACAUCCGUAUUGCACGCUUCAUGCCACGAGUCGACAUUGUGCAGAAGCAUAAUACAGCUGCCCGGCGGCUUUAUAUACGUGGCACCAAUGGUAAAAUCUAUCCGUACCUGGUGGUGAACGAUACCGGCAUCGCAGAUUCACGCCGCGAAGAGCGUCUGUUACAGCUGCUCCGCAUGCUCAACUCUUACCUGGUGAAGCGCAAGGAAACGUCACGCCGCUUCCUGUACCUGACCGUGCCGCGCGUCGUCGCGGUUUCGCCCCAGAUGAGGUUGGUGGAGGACAACCCUGCCAGCAUUUCGCUGCUGGAAGUGUACAAAACGUGCUGCACCAAGCUAAACAUUGAGCACGAUGCACCGAUCACGCGGUAUUAUGAUCGCCUAGCCAAGAUACAGGCCCGAGGUUCGCCUACAAAUCAUGUUAUUUUGCGCGAUAUACUCAAGGAAACGCAAACGCAGAUGGUGCCGAAAACGUUGCUGAAGGAUUGGGCCCUGCGGACCUUCCCGUGCGCGACCGAUUACUGGCAGUUCCGGAAAAUGUUCACACUGCAGUUGUCUCUUUCCUGUCUGCUUGAGUACGCGCUCUGUCUGACCCGGCUCAACCCGGAUAUGAUUUAUCUGCAUCAGGAUUCGGGCUUGAUGAAUGUGUCCUACUUCCGCUUCGAGAUGGACGACAGUACCGGCUUUCUGGAUGUGAACCGAGCCGUACCGUUCCGCCUAACGCCCAACAUUGUCGAAUUCGUUUCGUCCGUCGGUGUGGCUGGCCCAUUGACGGCGUCCGCUGUCGCUACGGCACGCUGCUUCAUACAGCCCAACUUCAAACUGACCACAAUCCUAAAGGCCAUCCUUAAGGAUGAAAUCAUCGGGUUCCACAAGAAGCGACUAAACGACGAAAAGGUGCUGGUCGAUCAGUCGGGCAGUGGUGGUGGUGGUGGUGGUGCGUCCAGCACAAUCUCGUCCACAACAUCGACCGCUUCCAGCACGACGGGUGCUGCCGGUACGGGCACACAAGCGACAACAGCGACGGUCACCGAACAGGACAACGCAUCGAUCGACAUCGAUGCGGAAACGAUCAUUACGACGGUGAACAAAGCCGUCGGUACGAUCAUGGGUCGGUUGAACAAUCUUUCGCGGAUCGACAGCGGUGAAGCGAAUCGGAUGAGCACCUUCGUACAUGUGGCGACCAAUCCGGACAACUUAUGUCUCAUGGAUCCUGCCUGGCAUCCUUGGUUGUAAGCGCUGGACGAUAAUAAGACAGAGAAAGAGGACAGAAACAGUGUGCGAAUUUAAAUAUAUUAAUUUAAGCAAAUGAACUUGAACGGGGAAGAAGAAGAACGAUUAAUAAACUACAAGAACAAAUGUGUGUUUUUCCAUCGCUAAAGACGCUUUUUGGUUCUCUUUUUUUU